AUGGCUCCAAAGAAGAACCAAAACUCUUUGAUUCAAAAGGCUACCGAGAUUGUCACCGUUGUUGGUUUAUCAUCCACCGGGGGCAAGAUCGAUAAUACAGCUACAGCAAAUGGCUCAAGCUCCUCAGGCUCGGAAGAGAUCGACUCCAAAUCUCAAGCCUUCACCACAUUGCCGGUUAUGGUGGUUGAUGCGACUUCCGUGGAUGAGCAAUUGGCGCACUUGGCCCAAACAUUGGCUAAUCUUCAAAAAAAUGUCGAAGACAAAGACAUGAAUAUCGCUCAAUUAAUGGACAAGUUGGAACAGUCGGAGGUUGGGGAGUUUAGCCCGAAGCACGAAUCUUACCCGCUUCGCGACGAGAAAGCAAAGCGAGUGGAAGAAGCACAACCCAAGCCGGACUUCGUGCAAGGCGCCACUCAUUCUUCGAUGUCUGUUGCCACGCUAUCUGUUCAACAAUUGCAAGAGAUGAUUGCCAAUACUAUCAAAGCGCAAUAUGGCGGACCAUCUCAAGUCUCACCCAUGUACUCAAAGCCGUACACUAAGCGGAUCGAUGCAUUGAGGAUGCCAGUGGGAUACCAACCCCCAAAACUCCAACAAUUCGACGGAAAGGGGAACCCCAAGCAACAUAUUGCUCAUUUCAUCGAAACUUGCAACAAUGCGGGGACUAACGGCGAUCUCUUGGUGAAACAAUUUGUAAGAUCACUCAAGGGAAAUGCUUUCGAUUGGUAUGUCGAUUUGGAACCCGAGUCCAUCAACAGUUGGGAAGAGAUGGAACAUGAAUUCUUGAAUCGCUUCUACAGCACACGUCGUACCGUGAGUAUGAUCGAGCUUACCAACGCGAAGCAGUGGAAAGAUGAACCGGUUGUGGAUUACAUCAACCGUUGGCGUGCACUAAGCCUAAAUUGCAAGGAUAAGCUAUCGGAAGUGUCGGCGACUGAGAUGUGUAUCCAAGGGAUGCAUUGGGGGCUCCUCUAUAUCUUACAGGGGAUUAAGCCUCGAAAUUUUGAAGAAUUGGCUACGCGUGCCCAUGAUAUGGAGUUGAGUAUCGCGAACCAUAAGAGUGCACUCCCGCUAGAUGGUCAAAAAGGGGAAAGAAAGGAUUUUAAGAGAAACGAAAAAUUCUCUAAAACUUCUACCAAGGAGUCAAUGGCCAUAAAAGCAGUGGGUUUGAAAAUUCCUUCGAAGAACGAAGAUGACAAAACCGGUGAACAUCGAAUAUCAAACGAUAGACGUCGACCCACGUUGAAGGAAAUACAAGAGAAAGAAUACCCUUUUCCGGAAUCGGACGUCUCCCAUAUCUUUGAUGAGCUGUUGGCAAGGAAAUUGAUUGACUUGCCGGAACCAAAACGGCCCGAAGAAGUAGGAAUGAUGGAUGACCCAAAGUAUUGCAAGUACCAUCGAUGUCACUCCACUCUCAAGCGACGCAUGUCCCGCAUGGAACACCCAAAAAUGCCCGCCUGCACCUACGAAGUGUCUGCAUUUCAAUUUGGGAGUUUGGAACCACAAUUGAUAAAGACUUUAUUUCACGAGGAAGAAGUCGUACACGAUGAAAACCCCAUUUCUGCUAUUGAGGAUGAGGGAGAAUGGAUUCUAGUGACACGUCGGCAGAGACAAAGGGGACGUAUCGACAAACUUGAUGUAAUGCCAUCACGAAACCCACAACCAAUAAAAUACAUUCACCGUGCCAAAUCGAACAAAGACUCAAAGGUGAGUGAUGAUGCUUCAAGAAAAUCUUACGGAAGUUCGGUUCAAAAGCACGUGACUUUGAAAGAGUUCUUUCCGAAAGAGUUUUUCAUGCAAAAAGUUGAAAGAGCAUACGUUAAUUCGGAUGAGAGCGACCAUCAACAUUAUAUUCCUUGUUGUGCUGCUAUGACUUUCACGGACGAUGACUUGUUGUUGGGAUCUAAACCUCACAAUCGUCCGCUCGUAGAUGGAGGGUCAGCUGUCAAUAUCUUACCAAAAUCCACCAUGAGACAGUUGGGGAUUGCUACCGAAGAUUUGUCUCGCAGUCGCCUUACUAUUCAAGGAUUUAACCAAGAAGGCCAAAGAGCUAUUGGGAUGGUUCGUUUAGACCUCACAAUUGAAGAGCUAGCGGCAAGUACACUAUUCCAUGUGAUUGAUGAAAGAACCUCUUAUCACUUGUUAUUAGGAUGGCCAUGGCUUCACGAAAAUGGAAUUGUCCCAUCUACCCUUCAUCAAUGCUUCAAAUACCUGAGGAAUGGAGAAAUGAUGAAGGUCGAUGCUAAUGCGAAGCCCUUUACCGAGGCAGAAUCACACUUUGCGGAUGCCAAAUUGUAUCUAGAGUCAAACCUAAAAUGUGAAACGGUGAUUUCAAAGGCACCGGUAUGUCACCCUAUUAAUGGAAGUCAUAUGGAACUCGUACCGACAAAGAUCGGUUGCACAAAGGACGAGAAGGUGGCCACUUCAGUUGAAGCUCCGAUGAGCAAAAAUGACGGGGCUGUGAGGAAAUUGAGUUUGCCAGUGUUUCGUUGCGCUCCUCAGUCACGCCGAGGAAGCCAAAUUUUGUUCAUCCAUUGGCGCAUGAGGAGACGCGUUGUACCCCAGUCUCAAUGGCCUAGGGAGGCGUAUGAUCCAAAAUCAUAUAAUUUAUUAGCUAAGUCUGGUUACAACUUCUCUAAUCCAUCUCGGUUAGGCGAACUAAAACCUGAGUUGACGGGCGAAAAGAUUCAUGGGUUAAAUGAAACACAAAGGACAUUAAGAAAACAAGGUUUUCGCGUUAAUCAACCCAGAGUCGGUUUGGGAUUCACACCCAUCGAGCCAGUUAGAAUACGCGUUUCAAGGAAAGGAGAGUGCCCCAACGUCCAUCAUAUCACCAUAAAAGGUGUUGGAAAUCAAAAGAAAACUAGCGGUCGCAUUUCUGCUUUUGAUCGAAUUGGGGCUCCUACCACCCAAUCUUCUGUCUUUGAAAGACUUGACACUCAUGUUACGCGACCCUCGGUCUUUGAAAGGCUUGGUCCUUCUAAUAAUGUCUCGAGUGUUCACGAUAGAAUUUCUACAGAUACUCGUUCAGUGUUCUCACGACUGGGAAAUCACAAUUGA